CCCACCAAUUCUGUGAUUUGCAUUUGAACGGAUACUAUUUUCCGUGCAUCCAUUGGGUUUGAUAUUCGACGAACAAAUUUUGGAACUGAUAUUCCAAAACAGGAUCCACGAUCAAAUUUGGGUGAUUGGCAGGUUACGUACGGCAAGAGGUAUGUUAAGAGCUCUGACAGACAGUUGCUUCAAGGCGCCCCAUGACGAAGUGCCCCCCUGGCGUAGCCUCUAUCAGGUUGUUUGUAAAAAAAAAACCAUUCCUGCCACCCGAUCGAACCCUCGAGCAUUCCAAAACGUGCGAGUAGAGGAUGCCCUACGGAAAGUUGCAUGUUCUACCACUGAGCCUUUUCAUCCUAAUCCCAGUGACAUUUUUGAUUACAUACACCAUAUCAGUGCAUUGGGACCAUGUGGUGCCAGGAUUUCCUUAUAUAUCUGAAACGGGCACCCUGUCGCCAGAAUCGUGUGUAUUCGCCCAAUUUCUCAAUAUAGCUGCAUUGCUCCUCGCCUGUUGCGUGUACAUUAGACAUCGACAAGUUUCUCAAUGGCAAUCGGAAAGGGGCAAAAAUCUCGUUAGCAAGAGAAUUGUUGUUGUGGCGGCCUGGUGCGGGGCUCUAGCUUGUUUUGGAUUGGACAUUUUGGCCAAUUUUCAAGAAGCUCGAGUCGUCGCGGCUCAUAUGAUAGGUGCUAUGACCUGUUUUACAGCUGGAACCAUCUACUUUUGUCUUCAAACAUAUAUAAGUCACAAAAUGGUACCAGCAGUAAAUAGCAAAAUUGUCGUGUACGUUCGUGCAAGUUUAUCAAUUUUGACUUUAAUUUUAACAGUUAUGACAAUCGUGCCUGGAUACAUUUCAAUGCUACAGUUUCAAGGUAACGAUUACAAAAAAUGGCUACCAACAGACGGUGGCUGGGGUUGGCACGUUGCUAGUGCCAUUUCUGAAUGGGUUUUGGCAAUUGUCUAUUGCGCUUUUCUUCUGACAUUCGUGCCAGAGUUCCGACUAAUUAACUUCGAAGAUCCUGUGGUCACGCUGAUAUACUUGGAUAAGGGUCCAGACUUAACUCAAAAUGACAAAAUAUCUCAUAAGUUGGAUACUCAAGAAUCUUAAAUUACUCCAAAG